AUGCUUGAAGCUGCAAGGCUUGGUCACCCCAAGUCUUUCCUUAAUGCCCUGCCCGCAGAAUUGAGAGACGCAGUGGACCGCAAUGUUGACUUGCGUCCGCGUGAUCUUGCUUUGAGUAGGGUAAAUUGGUUCAAGUUUUGGAUUCGCAGGGCCGGUGAACUAAAUGCAGCCGAGCUUGAGCUUCACAAGGGUUUCGACAAUGAUGCAAAGAAGGUCAUGGCAGGCAAGCGCAUCCUUUUGUUUCAAGAGAUCCUCGAAUCCAUAGGGUACCAUGAUGCAGAAGCAGCCAACCUCCUCGUCGAAGGAGUGCCACUGGUAGGAGCAGUGCCGGAGUCUGGAGUCUAUCCCAAAGUUUUUAGGGUGGCGGAGCUCAGUGUCGAAACUUUGAAAGAGCAAGCGCACUGGUUCCGCCGGGGGAUUCUUGAGAGGACUCGGUCAUCAGGUGAUGAGGCUUGCGAUGCUUUUGUGUGGCAGGAGACUUUGAAGGAGGUAGAGAGGGGCUGGCUCAAAGGCCCCUUUUCCGAAGAGAGCUUGCCCGAAAGCGCUUCGAUAUCCCGCAGGUUUGGCAUUUGGCAAAAAUCUAAGUAUAGGUGCAUUGACGACUAUAGUGCUUCUCUGGUAAACAGUACUUGCACGGUCUUAGAGAGUCCCUUGUUGCAUUCAGUUGAUGUUUCCGCCGCCCUGAUCGAUCAUUGGGUGCAUCGCCUAGAGGGUCAGGCAACCCAAGGUCUUUUGGCAAGGAGCUUUGACUUGAAGAGUGCAUACAGACAAUUGCAUUUGAAGAGUGAGCACAGAAGUCAGGCCUUCAGAGUGUUUACGCUUUCCUUCGGGUGGCCAGAGCAAUAUGGUACAUCGCCGUGA